GAACCAAUUAAUUCCCAACUCCAGAAAUGCGAUAAAGAUGCAUAAAAUACGAGAAGUAAAAGCGAAAGGGUCGUGCAGAUUCUUUUGUGUGAUUUACGACUAUCAUGAAUGGGGUAAUUCGAUCAAAAAGUAGCUGCAUGUGGAGCCAUAGAGAUGCCAAAGUGAUGGUGUCCCUCCCCGAAAGAAACGAACUGGGUACAAGAAAGGGAAUUCAGAGAUAUAUAGCUAGCUGUCGUUGAUACUCCUCUAGCUUGCUUUCGCUUUUUUCCGCUGAUCCUGAACCAAUCUCCAAAUCGAUCAAGAAAUGGCUGAGGCACUCGUCAACCUCCUUGUUGAACAAUUGGGUUCAGUUGUUUACCACCACACAAGUGAAGGGGUGAAACUGGUUUUGAAAGCUAAGAAGGACGUUGACAAGUUCAGACGCACCCUCAAACGUAUCCAGAAUGUGCUUCACGAUGCUGAGAAGAGGCAAGUGUCGGAUCCCGCGGUGAGAGACUGGUUGGAUGAGCUCAAAGACGUGUCGUACAAGAUGGAUGACGUGCUGGACGCUUGGAACACUGAAAUUGGGAAACGAGAAGCUGAGAAACAAGAAACACAAGGUUCUUCUGAUGUGGACGUACGUUUCUCAUUUCAUUCCAAUUGCUUUUGUCUGGCCCGAUUGAAUGAGGUAACUCGUCGUUAUAAGAUUGGUAGUGCAAUAAAAGAUCUGAAUGAAGAGUUAACUCAGAUUGACGUUGACAAAAACAAGUUUAGCUUUCAAUCCACCAUGCCUGCUGCUCUAGUUAAUGUUGAACAACCUAAUCCAAGGCCUAUAACUUCAUCUUUCGUCGAUAUAUCGACCAUAUAUGGACGAGAAGUUGAAAAAGAGAGGCUGGUGAGUGAGUUGUUAAGGAAGGGGAGGCACGGCCUUGUCAUCCCCAUUGUAGGGAUGGGAGGAUUGGGGAAAACAACUCUUUCCCAAUUAGUCGUUAAGGAUCCACGAGUUCAAGCCCAUUUUGAUAUCAAAGAAUGGGUUUGUGUCUCAGACCCUUUUGAUGUCAUCAAGAUUGCAAAAGAAAUCCUUGAACUUGUCAGUAGAAAAUCUCAAAAUUGUUCAAAUGUCUUGCAAAAGUUAUUAGAAGACAUUGAGGAACAUAUCAAGGACAAGAAGAUUCUUCUUGUCCUUGAUGAUGUGUGGACAGAAGACCAAACAAAGUGGGAGAGUUUAAGGUUACCAGUACUAAUGAAAACCUGUUCUGAAGGCAGUAGAAUUUUGGUGACCACUCGAAAGCAGGAGAUUGCUCGAAUGAUGAGAGCAACCAAUGACAUGAUCACCUUGGGGAAGUUGAGUCAUUUAGAUUCUUUGGACCUAUUCUAUAAUGUUGCAUUUCUGGAUAGGGAACAAGAUAAGUCCAACAAGGGGUUUGGAGAUAUUGCUGAGAAAAUUGUUAGAAAAUGUGACGGUUUGCCUUUGGUUCUGAAGACUUUAGGUAGUCUUCUAUUGCAUAAGCAAACAAUUAGAGAAUGGGAAGAAGUUCUCAAUAGUGAGAUAUGGAAAGUAAAAGUGGUUCAAGAAGAAGUUUUUCGACCAUUAUUACUUAGUUAUUAUGAUUUGGCUCCGGAGAUUAAGUGUUGCCUUUUGUAUUGUGCUACUUAUCCCAAAGAUUUUGAGUUCAGAAAAGAAAUUCUUAUUGAGCAAUGGAUGUCACAAGGCCAUCUUAAUGUUGGAGAAAACAAAGAAGAGGCAACACAAGGUAGAGAAGUUUUUACUAAGUUAGUAAUGCGAUGCUUCUUCCAAGAUUUUAGGCAAGAUGCACUUACUAAUGAAAUUAUAGGCUGCAAAAUGCAUGAUAUUGUGCAUGAUUUUGUACAAUAUCUAACCCAGAAUGAGUGUCUUACUAUGGUGGCUACGGGUACCCGUGGAACAGAGACAUUGAGUGCAAAUGAUAGGGUUCGCCAUUUGACCUUAAUAUCAGCACUCGAUGAUCUACUUCAAUCUUUUAUAUCAAAAUUUGCGAAUAGCAAAAUAUUGCGUACCCUGGCAACUUUUAGUUCAAGUAUUACUGCCAUAGAGUCGGAUUUGAUUUCACAGUUGAAACGUCUAAGGACUUUGAAUUUGAGUCACAACAAGAUCCGGCAGUUGCCAGAAAAGAUUGGUGAUUUGAUACAUUUGAGAUAUCUUGAUUUGUCUUAUAGUAGUAAUUUGAGUAGAUUACCCGAUGGGGUGUGUAACUUGUACAAUUUGCAAACUUUGAGGCUUUAUAACUGCCAGUACCUUGAAGAGUUGCCCGACAAUAUGGGGAAGUUGAUUAACUUGAAGCACCUUCAUGUUGGUUAUUGUGAAUCGCUUUGGUACUUACCAAAAGGGAUUGGGAGUAUAAAGAAUUUGCGGACACUAGACGGCGACCCAUCUGUUCAUUGUAGUGAAGUUGCCGAAGCAUUGUCAUUAGGAGAUCUGAGAAUGAUGAAUCAGCUUCGCCGUCUUGAAAUCUGUACUUCAAGUUUUGGGGAAAAUGCUGCGAGUGAGGCCGAGAAAGCAGAAUUGAAUCAAAAACUUAAUCUUUCUUAUUUACGACUUUAUCUGCGGUACGAACCCAACAUCGAGGCAAACAGAGUAAUGAUUGCUUUGCGACCACAUGAAAAUUUGGACUGUUUGGUAAUUUCGGGGUAUCAUGGCCCCACCUGGCCCAAUUGGAUGACGACGCCGUAUUUAACCAGAUUGACAGUCAAAGCAACCUCUCUGUUUUGCCUCCUCUUGGGAAGCUACCGUCCCUUAAAGUAGUAAAGCUAAUAUUCAUAGUUGAACUGGAAGAGAUUGGAGCUGAAUUUUACGGAGUAGAAGAAGAAACAUCAUCAUCAUCAUCCUUCCCCAGUUUGGAAACUCUCUUUCUUGGCGGCUUGUUUAGUUUAGAAAAGUGGGAAUUAGGUGGAAAGGCAGAAGAGGAGGGUUCUUCUAAUUCCCAAAUGAAAUCAAUUUCAAUAAUGCCACGCCUUUCUUCCUUGCAUGUUGUGGAGUGUCCUGAACUAAAACAACUGCCAGACUUCCUCCUGCAAAAUGCACCACUGCAGAAUCUUCUCAUCGAUAACUGUGUCUGUGACAGCUUUGGCAGCCUUCCUGACGAGUUCGUCUCUCGCAUCCCAAACAUCACAAUUACUGAAAGCCCAUAUGGAGUUGUCUUUCUCAAAGGAAGAAAAAUAGAUACUGAAGAAAUGGAUGCUUGGAAACGCUGGUAUGUUUUUUUUUUUUUUAAAACAGAGGAUUAGCCUAGACGGCUCAUCCCCCAUUGAAGAUUAUUUCGAUUAAAAGUAAAGAAAGGAACAAAGGGAGGAGGGGACAUAAAACCAAACCUCCUCCAAAGAAAACAGCAUAAAGCCAAAAACUCCUCCAAAGAGAACCAAAGGAAGAGAAAGCAAAUGCUAAGUACAAGAAAAAGCGUAACUAACGAACACGAAAAUUAGGCAACCCCAAGGAGUCCUUCCGACAAUGAGAACGAAUAAGAUCUGGGGGUAUGUCCCACCAGGUUAAACCAGUAGAAGAAAGACCCAUGUUAGCAAGAGCAUCUGCAGCUUGGUUUCCCUCACGAUAGAUGUGUGAACAACGAAAUUGCAUCUGAGAGAUACGAUGCAAACAAUUAUGCCACUCAAUUCUUAGCUGCCAAGGUACCAAGUGAGGAGAAUGAAGGUAUGAAAGGAUAAGAGCCGAGUAAUUGAUGAAUGUGUGUGUGUACAUGUAUU